UUUUUUUUUCUGUUGUUUUUGAUUAAUUAAGCUCCGCUUCAGAUACGGAAAAAAACAAAAGAAAAGGGAUGUAUUUUGUCAAAUGGACAUUAUUUAAUUAAAAUCUUUUUUUUUUUUUAAAGAAAAAAUUAAAAGUUUAUGUUGUAAGAUUUAUUAUAUUUAUUCAAAUAUGGAUCCAGCAACAGAAACGAUAACAUCGCCGUCAUCAAUAAAGUCUGAUGUUAAUACAGAAUCAGUAGCUGAAACACCUAUCAUUGACACUGAGUUAGCUCAAUUAAACAUUUGUGACCAAUUAAGAGCAAAUUCAUCCUUCAUGAAAGUCAUGGCAACAUUAUUCCAUUAUGGUAAUCAAGCCAUGAAUGCUGCUCAACUUGUCAUUGCAGUUAGGACUUUAAAUCUAUUACCAUUAAGAGGUGAAACUCCUAAAAGCACGAUUCAAGGCAUCAUUUCUACUUCUAGAAAGAUAGCAAGAGACUUAAAAAUACCCGAUCCUUUCCGAAUUGAUAAAGAUGGUGCGGGAAGGCAAGCUAAAUAUGCCAUUUCCAAUGACAUUAUGAACGGUGUCCAGGCACCUGAAAUAAAAGAAAUUCCUGAUGAGCCCAUCAUUUUGCGUCCUGUCGAAUAUGGAUCAUCAGGUUACUAUGCCAAUCAACACGCUAAACGUCAACGUAAAGCUCCUUCAUUAUAUUCUCCUUCAACAAAACUGAGACAAAAAAAAAAGUCAAGAGUUACAAGAUCAAAAAAGAAAGAUGCCAAUGAAAUUUGCAAUUCUGAUGUAGAGAUUGAUUCAGAAGAUGAUGAAUCUGAUUUUACAUCAUUUGUUUCUGAGGAUGAUAAUCAGCAACCUGAAAUAAUUGAACAAGAUACAAUAGCUGACUAUUCUUUGUUAUAUUCUCCUCCUACAAGUGAUAUAGAUUAUAUUGACCGCAUUAAUUUUGUAGAAUAUCCUAUUGCCAGUUACUUUGCUAUCGUGCAACAGAAAGGUUACUCUUACCCUCGUUUUCGCUCUCAUGAAAAAAUUAAAAUUCCAAAAGAGCACUGUGAAGAUAAAUUUAGAGUAACAGAUAUAAGUAUUAACAACAAAAUCAUGGGUCGUUUAUUUAUUCUUGCUGAUGGCCAUGGCGGCCCUGGCUGCUCAGAAUACUUUGUAAGAAAGACGCCUAUUGCUGUAAAUGAUUUAUGUGCAAAAUAUGAUCCAGCUCAAUUAGGUGAUACAGCUAUUCAAAAAGAGUUUGAACAAGAAAUUAAAGCUAUGAUACAGUCACUUGAUGAUGGAUAUUUAUCUUUAAAACGCCAGCAAAUUGCAACUGCCAAACAAACAGGAGGUCAACCAGUAGAUAAUGAUGGCUGUACACUGAUCUUAAAUAUCUUUUUGGGUGAAUGGCUUAUUAAUGUCAAUGUAGGUGAUUCACGCACAGUUUUAAUUUCUGCCCCUGAACCUUCCUCAGCACCUCCUACCUCUAUUGAAAAUGCCAACACGCUUGGUAUUGAUAAUGAUUAUAAAAUGGAUGUUGUAUUUGCCUCACAAGAUCAUAAGCCUUAUUUAGAGCAUUUAGCGCGUCACAUUUUGGAAAAUGGAGGUGAAUUUGUAGAUUCGGUACAAAAUAAAGUUAUUAAGGUAGAAUUAGAUAAAUUAAGAGAGGAUGGUAAUCGACAUGCAAAACGUGUUGCAUUGAAAAAUGCGAGAAUUAGACCCAAGGACUAUCAGGCUGGUCUUGAUCAGUCACCAACAGUAACAGUAGACGAUGCGUCAGAGACUUUGGAGACAACGGAUACUAAAAUUGAAGAUAGUAAUUCAACUCUUGGUACAAAUUGGACUGCUCAAAGUGCUGUACGUACUACAGUGAGUUCACCACCAAUCACAAAAAAUCGUUCACGAGAAGAUCGCAUCCCUUCUCUCAAUGUAGCACGCUCUUGUGGUGAUUUGGAUUUCAAGAUGGAUCCACUCCAUAAGAUUAUUUCUUGUGAACCUGAUGUUACAUUCAUUCGUAUUUCUGACCAACCCUACAUUGAUCAUACCGUUCUAUUAAAUGGUCCUCACAAAGAAAAGCGAAGGCACUUUUUAUUUAUGAGCACAGAUGGUACUUUUGAUUACAUGUAUGAAGAAACAGCCGAACGACAAAACAGAGCUAUUGCGAAAGUCAUUGGGCCUAUGAUUGAAGAUGGUGAAAAGAUUGGAAAAUAUCUAUUAGAGGAAGAAGAAAGAAUUCAGGGACAAACAAUUGAACAUAAUAAAGAAGUAAUAGUAGAAGAAAAAGAAGAAGAGAAGGAUAAAAUAGAAUGUGAAAAAGGAGAUGAAUCAAAGAUAAUAAUUGAAAAAAUGGAAGAAGAUGAACAGAUAGUAAACAAAGAAGAGCUAGUAAAAGAUGAGGAAAUGAAAGACGACAAUAAAGUGAUAAAUGAAGCAGAAGAGAAUAAAAAGGAAGAAAAUAGUGACUCACAUAUGGACGUAGAUAUAACUGAAACACCCAAAAAAGAAGAAGAACCAGAGGAGCUUCCUCGUAUACCUUUGUUACUUCAUGAGUUAACUGAAGAAGAGGCCAAAGCACGUAAAAUUAAAGAAAGAACACUCGUUUCUUCUGCAAGAUAUUUUGCGAACAGAGAAAGUGCACAUGGUUUUUUUGCAUCCACUUUACAAGAUUAUGAUGAUUGCACUAUUAUUCUUGUAGAAAUCUAAAAAAAAAAAAAAAAAAA